AUGCGAACGCCCAGUCCGCUUGUGAUGGGCGGCUCCGCGUACAUGUGUUCUGACCAGAGCCCAUGGGCUGUCAGCGCCGACCUUGCUUACGGCUUUGCUGCCGUCUCGAUCCCGGGUGGUUCUGAGUCAAGCUGGUGCUGUGCUUGCUACGAACUUACCUUCACCUCGACUUCAAUCGCCGGCAAGAAGAUGAUCGUCCAGGCUACCAACACUGGUGCCGAUUUGGCUGAGGGCCAAUUCGACUUGGCCAUUCCAGGUGGUGGUGUCGGUAUCUUCAACGCCUGCACUGCUGAGUGGAAUGCUCCCUCCUCCGGCUGGGGUGCUCAGUACGGCGGUAUCUCAAGCAACACCUGCUCGGCCUUUCCAUCCGCCCUUCAGCCAGGCUGCAACUUCCGCUUCGGUGACUUCUUCGAGGGCGCCGAUAACCCGACUGUCGACUACAAGCAGGUGACCUGCCCCAAGGCCUUGACGGACAAGACUGGCUGCAUCCGUGCUGGUGAGACACCAACUGGUAGCGGUGCAUCGAGCUCUGCUGCCGCCCCAGCUUCGAGCUCUACAUCCGUUGCUUCAUCUUCGGUCAGCUCUGCCGCUGCAGUUGCAUCGUCCGCCAGCUCUUCGGUUGUCGCACCUGUCGCCUCUUCCUCUACCUCUGCGGCUGCCGUUGCAUCAUCCGCUAGCUCGUCGAUCGCCGCACCUGUGGCCUCCUCUUCCAGCUCAUCUGCAGCCGCAUCGAUCGUGCCUGUAUCAAGCUCUGCUGCCGCACCACCAGCUUACUCUGCUCCUGCAACCGCCGUUUCAAGCUCUGCCUCGAGCUCUGUAGCUGCGCCAGUCAGCAGCAGCGCCUCAUCCUCAGCACUCGCAUCCUCCUCCCUGCCAGUCCCAGUCUCAUACGGUAGUGCAUCGAGCAGGAGCAGCAGCAGCGCCGCCGGUGCCGCCGCACCGUCCGGUACCACCCCUGCUGGUGGCGAUGAUGCCAACUGCAAUGUCCAGUACACAUACGUGUACGACUUGUAG